CCAGCCACAUUUUCCACAGUGUCAGUGCGAGCCGGCUGGGCUGUUUAUUUUAGGAAACCCAUAGCUGUAUCAUUUGCACACGCCCUUAUAGGCAGACACGGGCUCUCCACUCGUGUUCUUCAAAAGAAGGGAAGGCAAGAUGAAGAGCUCUUUGUUGCUGUGCGUGGCCUUGGCCGUCUCCUUGGGGCUCGUCCUUGUGGCAGGUUUUCCACGGGACCCCGAGGACGAGGAGUACGUGCUGGUCAAUAACAAGUGUCAGUGUGUAACCGUGACCGCAAAGUUCGUCCCCUCCAAAGAAAACCCUGAUGAAAAAAUCCUGGAAAGAAACAUCCGCAUCCUAGUCCCCCUGAAGGCUCGAGAGAACAUAUCUGACCCCACGUCCCCCCUCAGAACCACUUUUGUUUACCGCAUGACUGAACUUUGCAAAAAAUGCGAUCCCGUAGAAGUUGAGCUGGGCGGCGAGAUAUACCAGGCCCAGCAGAGCACCUCCUGCGAUGAACCGGAAACCUGCUACACCUACAACAGGGACAAGUGCUACACCACAACCUUCCCAUUCCUCUACCGCGGGGAGACAAAAAACGUUCAAGCAGUUCUGACGCCAGCAUCCUGCUAUGCCUAUUAGUUCAAUCCGCUGCUGUACUAACGCCUUGUCGCACUCAGCGUUCCUCUCAAAAAUACCUGUAUAGCACCGUAGUACCUGGACAACGGUGUCCACGCUAUCAGCUCCCAGAGUAAUGCCAACUUGCCUCUUCGUACUGUUUUCAACAUCAGACUAGUGCCAUCUCCCGAGAGCAGCUACCAGUUGUCAGAUUCUGUUCUCGUACCCCCAGCACAUAUCCACAGUGCCAUUAUUAUGCGUCUCGGACGUUACCACCAUAGAGACCAGAUCCUCAGCAGAUGUAAAUCAGUAAUUCCCUUCAAGUCAAGGGAACUACACCCAUUUACAACACUGGGGAACCUGUCUUUUCCACAGUUUUCCAUCGAUCUUCAUCUGACCGAGGUUGCCACGGACAUCAGCAGGAAUGUCCGUGUAUUUCCCUCCCUGAGCAGUCCAAAGCAAACCUCUGCACACCCUUUAAACAAGACCCUUUGAUUACAUUGGCAGAAUUUGUGCCAUUAUUAGAAGGCUUUUGCGCAAUCAGAUUUGAGAGAAAAGAUGAGGUAUGAGAGCGAGAAUUCCGAUUUCAAAGUUACUUUACAAUUGGGCAUUCUAGACCCUUCUAGCAUUUUGACAAUUGCCAGCUUCUAGUUUUCACGUACGUUUAGAGAAGAUGAAAAGAUGCCGUUACCCUGAAGUGUUUUCCAAAGUUGCCAGGAUCUCAACUGUGCCAGGAAUAGUAAACUCUUCUAGGACGUGUUAGGUAUUUCACUUUCCAUACUUAUUUACCAGUAUUGCUGCCUUCUUCCACCCCUGCUCCCAGUUCAAUUGAGGGAAAAAAAAGGCCAAAGUUGGCUCAAAUUUCUUUUCUUGUUCCUCAUUUAGCAUUUAAAGCUUCAGGAAAUUCUGUAAAGGCGACUCAAUCGCUAGAGCAGGACUCUAGUUAGGGAUUCAUUCCUUCUUUCACACCAGUAGUCUUUUUUUGUCAUCCAAGAAACCCUCACCAAAUUAAGGAGCUGAUUCCGUAUCGCACCUUAUGUUUCAACGCGUUACACUCGGUAUUGCCCAUAGACACUUCACAUACACGAGGGCAUAAGGCAUCUGGCAUUACGUUGGGGAUGGCUGAUAGGUUUCUCACUGUUUAAGGAGUUGAUUGUAAAGCCUUAGGCUGUUCUCAAAAGUCCUUAUCUGGCUGCACACGUAAUUGGAAUACAACAGCAACAACCUUAUUCCCAAUUAUUGUAGCUUUGUUAGUGAAACAUUAAAUAAACUUUUUUCUGCAGCA